UUUUUCUGACAUCGAUGACACACUUUUGUUUUGGAUGCAAAUCAACAAUUCCAAAUCGUAAAAUUAGUGCAUUUCGAUUAUCAAAUUAAUUUUUAAUGCUUUCUGAGCAGUCGAAGCUCAUUAGAAACCAUCACGCAAGUGUUCAGUGCUCCUUGAACUCCUCGCCAUUCCAGGAAACGGUUUGUAAUUGAAAGGAAGUAAACGGUGGGCAGAAAAUUAUAUCUCGCUUGAGAGCCAUAAUCUGAAGUGCAUUUAGGUACGUUCAGAAUAUUUCAAUAAAAUUUUACCGGAGUAAAACGUGCGCGAACUCGGGAAAACAGAAUGGCCACAGUUAAUCUAAACGGAUAUCGUGAUGGCGGAGGAGGUGGUUCUGGUUCUUCGUCAUCCGGUGGAUAUUACAACAACAGUGGUCCCUCUUCGUCGCAGUAUCCGAUCCAGGGCAAGAAGGAUCAGUGGAUCAAGUUGAACGUUGGCGGGACCUGUUUCCUGACUACAAAGACAACCCUCUCACGGGACCCCAAUUCCUUCUUGUCCCGUUUGAUUCAGGAAGACAGCGAUCUCAUUUCCGAUCGGGAUGAAACAGGUGCUUACCUUAUCGAUCGGGAUCCGCGAUACUUUGCACCAGUGCUGAACUAUCUGCGUCACGGCAAACUCGUGCUGGACGAUGGUUUAUCCGAGGAAGGCGUCCUGGAAGAGGCUGAGUUUUACAAUGUGACGCACCUUAUCGGGUUGCUGAAGGAUAACAUCGCUCGUAGGGAACAGCGACCGACUAUCGAUAAAAAGCGAGUCUAUCGGGUGCUACAAUGCCAGGAAAAUGAACUGACUCAGAUGGUAUCAACCAUGUCAGAUGGCUGGCGUUUCGAGCAGCUCAUCAAUAUCGGAACGUCCUACAAUUAUGGUGCGGAAGAGAAUGCCGAAUUCCUUUGCGUCGUUUCCAAGGAAUGCGCGAAUACUCUUAUCGGACGCGAGAACGAGUCUAACGAUCGGGCAAAGGUGUUACAGCAGAAAGGAUCACGCAUGUAAGCGUCGCACAGUUGGUAUGUAUUCAGGAAUCGACUGUUAACGGCUUAUAGCGACAAUUCGAAUCACCGAUCAAAAGAGGUAAUCAAUACUUACUGCUAACAGUACAUUACAACAGGUCAAUGCGCAAAACAGAUGCACAAUAUAACAGAUUAAUAGUAUUAAUGCAAAAUUCCCCGUUGAUCACCAAAUUUCUUUGUUGCUAGAAGGAAACACGAUCGUUGUUAAGAGUAAAUAUGCUAUCGAUUGAUUUCUAUUUCUCAAAUCAAGCUAUACGUUGGUAAUUCCAAAGAACAUAUACUGAUCGUGUACCCACCGAGCAAAUUUAAAGUUUUUAUGAACAAAAGUAUAACGCAAUUAGGUACCUACCAUUCUGACACUCAGCGCAGAAUAUCCUCUCUCAAAUUUAACUCUUCAAAGCUUCUAGGAAACUUACUAAUUUACGCUCCUCAAUCCUCAAUCGAAAGAAUUCAGAUAUGUAAACGACACUAUAGACUAGAAUAGGAAAGCGUCAGCAUUCAACUCAAUGUCUAAUUCAAUCAUAGUUGUUCCGACACUAAGGUCACGAAGUCUCCUUUGAAAGAGAUUAACCAAUAGUAAGCAUUCAUGUUCGGGGCUAAAGUUAAGCUAAUAAAUAUUCGUCGGCACAGUGAAGUCGCGUGUCGAAUCCUGCUUGUGUUCCCGGAACCUUUGAUUGUAAUUCUCGUCAAUCAUAACUUAAACUUUUUGUACUGCGAAACUAAAUGUUCAAGUAGUUUUCACGUUUAGUCAGAAUCACGUCACUAACAGUUUAUCAACAUGUAUGUUUACUAUAGUUUCCGAUUUUAAAAUGAUAUGCUCUACCAUUUAAAACGAUAUACAGAUGCAGUUCACACUUUCGAGUUAUAUUUCCAAAAGCAAAAGUUGUCCCCACUGUUUUUUUUUUCAUCUUGAACAAAUGUCUAUUGAUUCAAAAUGUGUGAAGCAAAUAACAAAAACAUGAUUAUAAACCAACAUCUCUAGAAUUUAGCAAGUGUGGAAAUACCGGUAGUAUGAUUCAAGAGGACGAUAAAUAUAAUUUACAAUCACGUA